AUGCCUUGUGUUGCUAUGCAGAAGCAAUCUUGGCCAAAUCAACUGUCAUUUUCUUCUCUAGGUGAGCAUGAUCAGUCACUGAUAAAAAGCGAACCUGAUCUUUUGACAAUUCCUGGUGAUGGCACGGAUGUCUGGGAAAUUGAUCCUCGAUUUCUGAAAUUUGAGAGCAAAAUUGCAUCUGGGUCAUAUGGGGACUUGUACAGGGGUACAUACCGUACUCAAGAAGUAGCCAUCAAAGUCCUCAAGGCUGAGUGUGUAAGUUCAGACGUGCAAAGAGAGUUUGCACAAGAAGUAUAUAUUAUGAGGAAAGUUCGACACAAGAAUGUUGUACAAUUUAUAGGUGCAUGCACAAAACCUCCUAGCUUGUGCAUUGUAACAGAAUAUAUGUCUGGUGGAAGUGUGUAUGACUAUCUACACAAACUAAAGGGUACUUUUAAGCUUCCAUCUUUGCUAAAAGUAGCAAUCGAUAUCUCAAAAGGAAUGAACUACUUGCAUCAGCAUAAUAUAAUUCACAGGGACUUGAAGGCAGCAAAUCUUCUGAUGGAUGAGAAUGAAGUGGUUAAGGUGGCUGAUUUUGGAGUUGCCAGAGUGAAAGCUCAAACUGGAGUUAUGACGGCAGAAACUGGGACAUAUCGGUGGAUGGCUCCUGAGCCACACCAGUCCAGUCAUUUUGAUGAUUUACUUUCUUUAGCUACACAGUUGUGUGACUUGUGUCACAUGAACACUGCUGUCCUAACAAGUCUGAUCUCUAUACCUUCACACCUUGAGGGUGUUCUGAAAAUGUGUAAGAUGAACAAAUGUGAAGCAGUGGUGAAGACAUGGUUUGAUAGCCGCUUAAGAAAUUUGCUGUUUCUUGCCUUCCAGCAACUUGCUUCUAUACUGUCACAGGGCUACGAUGUUUUCGUUUUAGUUAGGGAGUACAGUAUUGGAGAAGAAUCACUUGUGAAGCAAUAUGACAGCAUGGUUAUAGAGCACAAGUCCUAUGAUCACAAGGCUGAUGUCUUUAGUUUUGGUAUCGUAUUAUGGGAGUUGCUAACUGGAAAGCUUCCAUAUGAGUACUUGACCCCGUUACAAGCAGCUGUUGGAGUUGUCCAAAAGGGUCUACGGCCUACUAUACCGAAACAGGCUCAUCCGAAGCUUGCUGAGCUGCUUGAGAGAUGCUGGCGGUGUGACCCAACUUUAAGACCCGACUUUUCUGUGAUAACAGAAAUCCUGCAGCAAAUAGCGAAGGAGGUUGGAGAUGCCGGAGAGGAUCGACACAAGGACAAAUCAUCGGGGGGAUUUCUUUCCAUUCUCAGACGGGGACAUCAUUGACAGGAGAUGCAACAUUUAUAACAUACUUACAUUCGUCUAAUUAGGGGUCAUUUGCUCUCUACUUUUUCAUCUGCACUGUACAGCAAUUUUCAACAUUUUUUUCCCCUGCUAUAGAUUUACAUUACGAAAGUGUGUCCUUCUUUCUGCAAUGUAUCAUGAUAGCAUCAGUUGGUGAGAAGAUAUGUUCUAUAACUUCUGUGAAUUCUAGUCAUUCGCUUUUUGUGAUGUAAACUGGGAACUGUGCGUGCCUGAUUGAUUUCAAUUCUAAGUAGC